AUGCGUCAGACGGACCGGUGUUUCGUGCGUAAUGUCUCCGUCAAACGUGUCGACUUCAAGGACUCUGUCCUCGUGCUUACGACUGUCCGCCUCCCCCCCCGUGUCGCACCCAACCGACGAGUGCGGGGGAACAGCGGAAGCAGCCGGAUCCGUAUCGACCUCGAGCGGUUAACGAAGGACAAACACCUNGUGAUGUCGGCCGCUGCUGAGACCGCGCCGCUGGCGAGGUGCACACGAGGGCAGAGAGGCUGGUACACGAGCGAAGCACAGCACGAGAUCUCCGAACCGUCUAAGGAGAUUAAGGCGGCCCGGAAGCAACUGCGUGGGGCCUCAACGAACAGCGCCUUCGAGGCGACCAUGAAGGCGAUGCUCAAGGCGACGCGGAAGAAGCGCAGCAUCGCGAGGUGGAGAGCACUGGAAACAUUCUUUGAGGGCUAUGUACGGCAGCUCGAGAAGAAGAGCCGCGAGGGAAGUCAGGCGAGUUUCUACAGGCCCCUGAAGUUGAUCGACGUCGAAGGUAAGAGGUCGUUCGCCUCUCAGAACAUCAAGGACGAGGACGGCAAGGUCCUUCGGGACCCCACAUAUAUUCGCCAACGGUGGGCACGGUGGUUCCACAAGCUUCUCAACACCAAGUCGCCGACCAUCGACCUGCAUGCGGCUGGCAAGGUCAAGCGGUGGCCCACGUGCGUGCCACUCGACGACAUCCCAUCUCUACUCGAGGUUGAGGAAGCGUAACGGCAAAUGACCAACAGAAAGGCCGUCGGGCCGGACGACCUACCGGCUUAGCU